AAUACCUCCAUAGUCUUUUAAUUUUAUUCUUUCAUUUAAUUGUAAUUUUGAGUUAUUCUCAUUUGUUUGUUAAUUUUAUCGGAAAUCUUUUUAAAUAAAUGCGUAAAGAAAAGAAUGUGAACGUUAUUAUUUGUUAUUGAUUUAUCCAGUUUCUAUUAAAAAGAUGUGGCAUGAAGCAAGAAAACAAGAGAGAAUGAUACGCGGUAUGAUAGUGGACUAUCGACGUAGGGCCGAGCGUCGAAAGGAUUUCUAUGAAAGAAUUAAAACCGAGCCCACGCAGUUCUUGCAGUUACACGGGCGACCAUGUAGAAUUCACCUGGACCCUGCUAUCGCCGCAGCUGGCGAAGGCCCUGCUAUAAUGAUGCAGUGGCAAGGUGACCCCAGCAAUUUGAUAGAUCGUUUUGACGUGCGAGCACACUUAGACUACAUCCCGGAUGUGAAGAAUCCAGAUAUACCACUAGAAGAGCUCAGCCCUGAAGAAAGGCAGUGUAACUAUGAGAGGUAUAGAAUACUGGCACAAAAUGCGUUUCUAGGAAUAGGUGAAGACAAAUUCCUCCAACAGCUGGCAAUAGAAGAGCAAUUUGGAGUAACAAUCGAAGAGAAGGAAAUGCAGAAGGAGAAGCUAAAUGAAAAGAAAGGCACUGGUGCCGCGAUAGGCUACAAUUAUAACGAUCCAGGCGCGCAACCCUCUAGCUCUAACGGCCCGGAAGUUAAGAAAGUGGAGCAACAAAAAGAUUCAGAUGAUGAUUCCGAUUUCGAAAUCAUUGAUGUGGAUUUAAGUAUUGAUGUCAACAAGAUGGAGGCUUCACAGGCGCACGAGCUGAACGCGGUGGGCCCUCAAUUCGGCAUGGCGGGCUGCGACCUGUUCUCAUUUCUGACCGGCGACGCGGACGACGCCGAGCACCAGAAGCAGUUGCUGCGCGAGGAGAAGGAGAAGGCAAUGUUCUCUGGACGGAAGAGUAGGAGGGAGAGGCGAGCUCAUCGCGACAAGAAGUUAGCGACCCGCGUGGCUAGUCCGCCUCACUACGCGGCGCCGGGCGGCAGCGUGACGGGCGUGGCGAGCGUGGCGAGUGUGGCACACGGCGCUCGCAGCCGCAGCGCCAGCAGCGGCUCCCCAGAGCCACCCGGGGACAUACAGUUCAUCACCUCCUUCGGUGGAGAUGAUGAAGAAACCAAGCCAGUCGCGCCACCAAAACCGCUGUACGCCGAUAAAUUGAAGCAAAAUUUGAAGAAAGAAAUGCUGUACUCUGAAGUUGCUCGGAGAUCAAAACCGAGGCAAUCAUCGUACGAAGAGAGAUUCCAAGUUCGGCCGCAAAUGGGACCGCACGGGCCGCCGGCGCGGUCGCGGUCACGCUCGAACACGCGCCUGCGAUCGCGUUCUCGAUCGCUGUCGCGUUCGCGGAGAAGGUCCCGUUCGCGCUCGCGGUCCCGGGCCAUGUCGAGAUCACGAUCGCGGUCGUACACUCCGUACCGGUCGAUGUCGAGGUCGAGAUCAAGGUCAAGGUCGCGGACGACGUCAAGCUCAAGGUCACACAAUCACAGGGACAAACGGUCUCGCAGCCCGCAAAACCAAGCCAGUGGCUAUAACAACCGUAAUUACUCCAGAUCGAUGUCAUUCGAAAGCGGUGUUGGUGGCGGGGGUGGUGACCGCAGCGAACAGCGGGCGGCGGUGCCGCGCUACUACGGCCGCAGGAAGGAGGACCAGUCAUCCAGCGAGCUGUCCGAGUCCGACUCCAGCGGCUCGCCCGCUGACGACAAAGACAGAUCGGGGGUUGGCAAUAAAUGCAACACAAACCAGAAUCAGUUACGAUUGUGUGGACCCAGCUCCAAAGGCCCUUCGCGUGAGACGCUGACGCUGAAAGAGAAACUGAAGAGGAAAAUGCAGGCACAGUUGACAAAGCAGUUGCGGCGCGACCAGCGCGCGGCGGCAGCGCGCGCAGGCCGCGAGGCGCGGCGGCGGGCGGCGCGCGACCGCGACAUGCGCCAGCUGGCCAUCAAGCUGCGGCGCCGACAACGCGAGAUGAGGCACCAGCAGAAUAGGAGGUCGAGCGACGAGUUAUCGGACCGCAGUCGCAGUAGGUCGUCGUCAAGAGAAUCUCUUCACACAGAGAAGAAGAGAGAAAAUCGUAGCAGAUCAAAGAGUCAGUCGCCAGAGAAACGGAUACCGGUUUGGGAGAAUAACAAGGAAUUCGCUUCGGUACCGUACCGACCUAGGGGCGAAACUGGUGAAAAUUCGUACCAGAAACCCAAAAGACGGGACUUCAGACCGUAUCAACAGCCUGGGGACUAUAGAGAUGAGAGGAAGGAUGAGGAAAGGCAGAAUUACUACCCGAAUAGAUUUGAUAGGUACCCCAACAGAGAGUAUGCGGGCCGACAGGAAGACAACUACAAUCGGCCGGAUUAUAACAGGUGGGAGCAGGACAAAACAUAUCCGGCGGGAAGAAGACGGCCGUACGGGUACAGAGGAGGGUACAGGGGAGACCAUAGGGGUGAUUACAGGAGUGAAUAUAGAGAUGACUAUAGGGGUGAAUUCAGGGGUGACAGAAGUCAAAGUUUUGGCGAUGGACCCUCAGGAUCGUACUCCAAAAACGAGGAUGUUGUUGGUACCCCUGAAAGUUUUCCGAAAAAAGUUAAACUUGUAGAUUAUUAAGUGUAAUUAGAUGUUUACAUGCCAAAUUAAAAAGAAAUGUAUAAUAUCGGUUAAACAAACAUUGGUGAGGAGUGCGUGACUAGAACUUGACAAUUCGGAUUUGUAUUUGAUAAAUAUAUAUAAAAUUAAUUUAUGAACAAGUCACGUCAUUAUGUAAAUUCAUCAUAGACUUUCAUAAUUUACAGAUAAAAAUUAAAUAUUCAAUUGUAUACUUAAUAUGAUAUAUAUGUAUAAAUCAAAACAUGGAUGUGAUGUUACAAUUGGUAACGGAAAUUUUAAAUUCACUUGUGAUACUGAAAUGCAGAAUAUUCACAACAAAAUAGUAUUAUUUUGUCUUGUUCACGAUAUCAUGCGAUGUACAUUUUUAGAGAUUACUGGUGUCUUCUAAAAAAAGUAUAGAUAAGAAGUAAAAAUAUUUAUCUUUUCUAUAUCCUUUGCGGGUAGAGAGAGAGAGGAAAGAGAGAGAGCUAAGUUUCAAAGACCUUUAGUUUUACAUUUUGCUUCGUCUACUAUCAUCAAAUAUAGCUUACUUAUUCACAUCUAUGCACCGAUAAAAAUAAAAGAGGUACAUGUAAGUACUACUUCUAAUCAUGUGAGGAUGGUCACCCUCUAGUUUGGAAAGCUUCUACGGUACUGUCAAUAUACACAAAGACUUCUGACGUUGCUUACCUGAAGACUGCUUUACUUCCCUCCGGAGCCUCCUUUCCUUUUGGAGCUUAGAGCAUGACAAUUUUAAAAUUAUCCAAACGUCAAAUAUUCCGGGGUUUAGACUGGGAUUUGAUUUUAGACUAAAGUCAUGUCCAACUGAGCUAUCACUGUUUUAUGUAAAUAAAAUAAAAUCUUACAUUUAUGUGUCAUACAGAACAAAGAACUAGUUCAUA